GUUGGUAAGUGUGAUACAAAUAAUAUUGGUCUGUUAAACUUUAUCUCCAAGUCGAAGAUGGCAAAUAAAUGGAAAGAAUUAAAUGUUAUGAAAGAGAUGCAAUUGUAGCUAUGUACUUAUUAGACUAAGAAAACUGUAGCCUUUUAAGAACAAAAUCUUAUACAGUAAAUAACAGCUUUCUUUUAUAUAUCACUUUGGCUCUUUAAAAUGUGGAUACUAAAACAAACAAAAGGAAAAAAAAAGAAAAUUUUUUCCUCACAAUCCAAAUUAAUAGUUUCACAGCUUAACACCCGAACUGAACAAAGGGACAAGUUGCAGAGGAUCAAGUCUGGUCAACAAGGAUGGAUGCUUUUUGGAGGGAGUGCUUACUAUGUUUCUUCUACCACUAAAAGCUGGGAAGAAAGCAGAAAUGAUUGUCGUCAAAAAGGUGCAGACCUGAUAAUUAUAAACAGUGAAGAAGAACAGAAUUUUGCAAACCAGUUGAAGAAGUAUAUGUGGAUUGGUCUGACUGACUCAGAGAAUGAAGGGACAUGGAAAUGGGUGGAUGGGAGUCAACUCACCACAAGCUACUGGGGUCCAAAUGAGCCAAACGGUAACAGAAAAGAAAAUUGUGGAGAUAUAAAGACUUUUAAAACACAAAAAAGCUGGAAUGAUGAGGAGUGUUCCCAUACACUCUCCUGGAUAUGCGAGAUGAGACUUCCACUGUAACCCAGAAAUAAGAAGAAAAGACACAUUCAUGUUGUUUUUAUCUACAGCUUAUCAGGAAAAAAAAGCAGCGUCUACACUUUUCCAUGUACUCUAAUCACAUCAGUUUCAUAAACACGGAUUUUAACAAGUCCUCCAUGCUACUGUCAAAAGAUGCAUGUGAGGACUUUGCAGAUCACUUCAGAAGUAAAAUCAAUGCUUGUAGAUCCAAUCUUUUAUCUCAAUGGAAUGUUAAUUUUAAAUUAUCUGAUGCAUUGUUUUUAUCAGAGGAAACACUGGAGAGUUUUGUUCUGGUUGAUGCAAAGGUACUUGGUCAAGUUUUGUCCCAAACAGGCACAACAACAAGUCUUUUAGAUCCCAUUACCUACAUUUGAUUAAAAGACAAAAAAGGGGGUUCAAGUUCUUGUUUGGGUACAAACUGAAAUUGGGUAGAAACUAGAAUAAUUUUAAACUACUUUGUUAUACUUUGUUGUGUAAAGGCUUGUUUCUUUUUAUUAUGUGAAGCACAUUGUGUUGCUUUUUGCUUUUUGACAUGAAAAGUGCUUUAUAAAUAAAA